GUUGAAUGAAGGAGUCUGCUCUCAGAGUCUCUGCUCUGGGAGAGCCCCAGACCCCAAGUGUCUUCCAAGGUCUGUUAUUAACGGGGCUGUCCAGCAGCGGUUGACAUCCCCACACAAGCCUGCCCUGGUCCCUGCACCCCGGCCGCCCCACACGGCCUCCACUGUCUGGGCCUGUCUGCUGAGCAGCGCCCAGCCAGGCGAGAAGGCCAAGUCCUGCCCACCCGGCCAGCCAGAGGUCACCCUCCACGCCUGAGCUGCCGGUGUGCGGUGAGAGGACUGCGCUGCCUCUCCCCCAGCUUCCUGGCUGCCUCAGUUUCCCUUUGUGAGAGACAGGAGCCUGGGAGGUAAGGAGCUGCAGGGACCCCAGAAGGCGUGCGGGUGCCUGGGGACACUGGCCCCUCUGUCAGAAUCAAUCGCCCUAAGCCUGUCUGAGGCGCGCCGGGCUUAGGAGCGGCUGUGAAAGCCGCCUUUGUGCCCGCGAGAAUGAGCUGCAAGAGGACGGGGGGCCCUGGCCCUGGGAGCCCCUUGGGCCCUGGCUCCUGAGAUCAGUGCCAGCAGGGAAGGCCCCAGCCCAGCCCCGCAGCCCACCAGGCCUGGUGCCCACCUCGCGCCAUGGGAGCAGCCAUGGGGAAGAAGAAAGAAUACUCUCCUCGGGCCCGAUUUCAUAGUGAAAAUGAGAAGCAGAAGCUAAACGACUCAGCCGCCAUGUACUCGGAAAUCCAGAGGGAGCGGGCGGACAUCGGGGGGCUGAUGGCCCGGCCAGAAUACAGAGAGCGGAACCCGGAGCUCAUCAAGCCCAAGAAGCUGCUGAACCCCGUGAAGGCCUCCCGGAGCCACCAGGAGCUGCACCGGGAGCUGCUCAUGAACCACAGAAGGGGCCUGGGUGUGGACAACAAGCCGGAGCUGCAGCGCGUCCUGGAGCACCGCCGGCGGAACCAGCUCAUCAAGAAGAAGAAGGAGGAGAUGGAGGCCAAGAGGCUGCAGUGCCCGUUUGAGCAGGAGCUGCUGAGGCGACAGCAGCGGCUGAACCAGCUGGAAAAGCCACCGGAAAAGGAAGAGGACCAUGCCCCUGAGUUUAUUAAAGUCAGGGAAAACCUGCGGAGAAUCACCACGCUGACGAGCGAAGAGAGGGCGCUGUAG